UAAUAGCGGAAGAGUGAUUAAAGACGGCAAAGAAAAAAGUGUUUUUUUGGGUGCUGACGGUUUUUUAAGUGAAAAUUUUUGUGUAUUUUUCACACAAUUAUUUGUGUGCUAAAGUUUUCGAAGGAAAAUAAACAAAUAUUUAUAAGAAUAAAUAAAAAUUUCAUAAAUUUAUUAAGUAAAACUAAAGAAAUUUUGUAAAAGUAUUUUAACACAGCUGCUGCUGCUAAGGCAGCAUACUUUUGUCUACGUCUUUUAGUAAAUUUAUGGCUAAAUAUCUUUUUUAUUACUUACAUGCGCGAGUUAUUUUUUAUAUACAAACGAAAUAGAAAGAAAUAAUUAGUUUUACACAGACUGCUAGCUUAAUUAACGCGAAAAAAUAACAAAUUGUACUAAAAGUGUGAAAUUUUUUUUAUGUGUGUGUGUGCUUUAACUUUAUGCAAAAUAUACAAAAACAAUUAAAAGAUUGGAAAAAACACUGGAGAAAAUCAUUGUGUAUAGGAGAUUUAAUACGCCUGGGCAACGUGGAUGUUGUCAUACAAAAAGAUAAACUUGGCUCACCCAUUGGCGGUUCAGAUGAUGGUAAUUUAGCUGCCUUUGCUGGUGGUGGUGUUGGUAUAAAUAAUUUUGUUGCGGGCAUGUCAGCAGCUGGUGGUGGUGGAGGUGCUGGUAGUGGUGGUGGCGGUGGCGGUGGUGUUGCUUUCGAUAUGGGUGAUUUACAACAGGAAUUGGAUCAAGAUGAAUUUGAUGGUAUUAAUAUGUUAAAUGGCGAACGACCAGCCAUUAUUGCACCACCAGAAAGUGAAUGGUAUCAUGGACGUCUUGAUCGUUAUUCAGCUGAAUCACGUUUACGCGGCAGCAGUAAAUUGGGAAGUUAUUUGGUUCGCGAAAGUGAUCGCAAACCAGGUUCUUAUGUUCUCAGCUAUUUGGGUCGCACAGGCAUUAAUCAUUUUCGCAUUACUGCCGUUUGUGGUGAUUUCUAUAUUGGUGGCCGUCAAUUUAUAUCGCUUAGCGAUUUAGUAGGCUAUUACACUUCCUGCAGUGAUCUCUUGAAACGUGAACGUUUAGUUUUUCCAGUACCACCACCCGAACCGGUCAAUGAUAAGAAAAGGGUGGUGGCCAUUUUACCCUAUACCAAAAUGCCCGAUACUGAUGAAUUGAGUUUUCAAAAGGGCGAUAUAUUCUUUGUACACAAUGAUAUGGGUGAUGGUUGGUUGUGGGUAACGGCUCAUCGUACCGGUGAACAGGGUAUGAUCUUUAGAGAGCUGGUAGAUGAUUUAGAUCCAGCCAUAGAUCCCAACACUGUUUUCCCUUGGUUUCAUCCGAAUUGUACGAAAAAUGAAGCCGUUGAUAUGUUGGUUAAGGCUGGUCCUGGCAGUUUUCUAGUACGUCCUAGUGAUAAUUCUCCCGGUGAUUAUUCGCUUUUCUUUCAUAUUAACAAUCAGAUACAACGUUUUCGCAUAGAGAAAAAAGGUGUACGUUAUCUAAUGGGAGGACGUACUUUUGAAUGUUUGGAUGCUGUCAUCAACCGUUAUCGCAAAGAGCAAAUUGUGGAGGGCCACUGUCUUAGUCAUCCUGUAGUAAAUGGCUCCCAGCCGGAAUUCAAUCAACAGUAUGUAGUAGAAAAGGCUGCUGAAAAGAUUUAUGCCACUUUACGUGAGUGUCGCGAUCAAAUUGGUUUAAAGAAAAUCAAGGGUAUUAAACAUCAUGGUCAGUUGAAUAAGAAGUCGGAUAAAACUGCCAAAUGGAAACAAUUGUAUUUCGCUCUUAUAAGCGAGGGUUCAGAGACACAUCUCUGCUUCUAUGACAAUCCUAAAAAGACUAAACCUAAGGGACUCAUUGAUCUCUCUUGUGCUUAUCUCUAUCAGUGUCAUGAUUCUUUGUGGGAACGUCCAUAUUGUUUUCAAAUUGUUGAGAGAGCUUUGCCCUGUUUGGCCACUGUCACCUAUUUGUGUGCUCCUAGUCAAGAGAGUUAUGUUGAGUGGAUAAAUGCCUUAAAGGCACAAUGUGUUUCACAACUGAGUAAGGCGCAGAAGAAGGUGCCAAGGCUAAGGGAGUUGCGUUGCUUGAAUUUACAUAUAUUAGAAGCUCAUAGACUGCCAUUUAAAUUAGUGCCACAUCCUUAUUGUAGUAUUUCACUGAAUCAAGUUAAAGUGGGUAAAACAAAAGUUAAAAUUGCACCCGAUCCAGUUUGGGAGGAAGAAUUUGUAUUGGAUGAUGUUCCUCCAGAUGUGGUGUCCCUAACCAUUACUCUUAUCUCACGCGGUAAACGUGGCAAGGAUAGUGAGGUUGCCGAACUCACCAUAGAACUAGCCAGCUUGAAAAAUGGCCAGGAAACCGAAGAAUGGUAUCAACUCACCGGCAUGACACCCAUGGGUGAAUGGGGCUCUCUACGUUUGCGCAUGCGUUAUCUAGACGAUCUCAUUAUGCCCUGUGAAGAAUAUAGUCCUCUGCAGCAACUGCUGCUAGAACCUGAACUCUAUGCCGUCAAGGCUUUGGCAGAACUAUGUCACAAUGAUAGAGUGCCCUUGGCCACCGCUUUACUGCGUGUUUUCCGCCAUGAAAAACGUGAAACCGAAUUGAUACGUGUCCUCUGUCAGGCCGAAAUAGCAAGAGAAAAUGAAACCACUACUCUGUUUAGAGGCGCCAGUUUGGCCACUACCCUUAUGGAUCUUUAUAUGCGUACCGAAUGCACUGGUUUCCUGCAGGCUGCCGUCUCCGAGACCAUACAACGCAUUAUGGAUAGCAAACAGUCGGCUGAAUUGAAUCCCACCAAAAUGGAUGUUAACGAUGAUGCCUGCUCUAAUGCUGAGUUCCUUUUACAAAUUCUCGAUUUGGUCACCCAUUCGAUAUUCACCUCACCCGAGGCCUGUCCUCGUUCGGUGCGUUUCAUUUGCAAUUGCUUGCAAAAGGCCGUGGUGGCCAAAUGGCCCACAGAACGUUUGGUAAGGACUCGUGUAGUCUCGGGUUUUAUAUUCCUGCGUCUUCUCUGUCCGUCUCUACUCAAUCCCCGACAAUUUGGUUUGGUUAGUGAAACACCGAAUGUUAUUGAACAAUACAUGGAAGUGGUUAAUCCUUUUAUAUUGAAAAACAAAGAACGCAUGAUUGUUUUCCUAGAUCAAUUAUCUAUGGUUACAGAUCCUACAGCACCGCCUGGCUGGAAUUCCGAACAAAAUUCUAAUCAAAAUUCUCAAGAUACGGGCCGUGAACUAGCUACUCUUCAUCAUAUUUGUGUUUCAUAUUUACCGGAAUUGCAAGAAUUAUCGAAUAUACUCUCAAUUAAAAAACUAGUUACUGUUACCGAUAUGCUUACAAAACAUAAACUUAAGUAUCGUGAAAUGAUUAGUUAAGUUGGAAAGAAACAAAAAAAAUGAAAGCAACAAAACUUUUUUAUAUUAAGAAAGACAUUUAUUAUACAAAAAAAUAUAUACAUAUAACUUUAAAUAAAACACGUAACGUAACAUUAAAGGGAAAGCUAAAAGAAAAAAAAA